AUGACCAGAAAUUCAGACCUCCCAACCGCCGCCCAAAUCCCCCUCCAAACCUUCCACCUCCCCGUCUUCCCCCCCGAAGCAGCCAACCUCAAACACCUAACCCUAACCUCGGACAUCAAACCAACCGACUACGCAGAUUUCCUUUCUACCCCUUUAUCGGAAGACGCAGUACCAUCUCUACCAAGGGGAAUCGAAUCCCUAACCCUAGAACUCUUCUCGCUGGGCUACCCAGCCCCCUUCCUGACGAGACUUGGAAAAGCCCUCCCCAAUCUCAAAGACCUAACUCUAUAUUCCCAUCUCAUCGACGGCGUAAGCGAUUCCUCUCGUCGAGAUGCGGGAGAUUUCAUCCAUGGUCUCUUGACAGGGUCAAAAGAUGGAGGCUUACGAGAACUCCAUCUCCUGGAUGUAUUCUGCAGGAAAGGGUUUAUUUCGGGGAUCGGUGACAUUUUACAGGAUCUAGGUGGCGGUGGAGAGGCUGAUAGGAAAUUACGGUUUCUGGAGGUUUCGUAUACGUAUCGGGGGCAUUCGGAUGGGGAGUUCUUGUCGAGGAUUCCGGUGGAUGAGUUACCGGGAUUGAUUGUUGGGGGAUUGGUGGGUGUUUCGUUGAGGUUGGAGGCUACUUCUACCUCUUCUUCUACUACUUCUACUUCUACUACUGGUGCUGGUGCUGGGUUGGAGGGUGUGCCUGAUGAUCUGGCUGAUGUGGAUGAGGAUGGAGUUAGGGUUGGGAGGAAGCCGGAGGGGAUUAUACCUGUUGGGUCUGGACAUGAGGGGACGAAGUUGUUGGUGGAGAAGUUGGGUGGGAGUGGGACUGGGGAUGAGCCUGAGUCUGGGUUGAAGAUGCUGGAUUGUACGCUUUAUGCCUUGUCUCUUGAACAGCUGGGACGUGUGCUGAAGCGGCAGAGACGGUUGGCUGUUCUUAGUGUUAGUGUUCUUAUUCCUGAGGGGGGUGAGGCGAAGAGAGGGUUACUGGAGACUUUGAGAUUGGGGAGUGAGGAACUGGAGGUUGUGGAGGUUGUGGGGGUUCCUGGACAGGAAGGGAAGGAUGUUGCGGACUCUGUGAAGUCUGAGGAGCUUUUCCGGGACGUGUUUCCUUCGUCUUCUGAUAUGUUGGAGCUUACUGCUGCUUUGCCGUGUUUGGAGAGCUUUUCCAUGACUAUUUUGAGGGCGCCGGCGUUUGGGUCUGUUUCUUGGGUGAAGAAGGAUGGGAAAUGGGUGGAUGGCACGGAACAGUUGUAG